AUGGCGAAACUUUAUGCCAUCUCCGAUUUGCAUCUUGCAUAUCCCCUCAAUUCCUCAGCAUGGGAUCUUCUGCAGCCCAAACCGCCUGGGAGCGGUCUCAUUCUUGCAGGUGAUAUUGGCGAAUCAGCUACCCACCUGAGCAAUGCCUUUGAGCGCGCCAAAGAGUGCUUUACGCAUGUAUUCUGGGUCCCAGGAAACCAUGAGCUCUACAGUAUCUCGCCUUCUGUGGCCAAGCACCCUGCUGACCAUUUGAGAGGUGAGGCGAAAUACAAUGCCCUGGUGGAACUCGCACGCCAGUACGGUGUCCUCACACCAGAGGAUGAUUGGAUGCUAUGGCCGGGACCGAAUGGUGUUGACGUGGUGAUCGCGCUCGUGUUUACGCUAUACGAUUAUUCGUUUCGACCGGCAGAGGUCUCUCGGGAGCAGGCGUUAGACUGGGCCAUGGAGGAGAACAUCUGGGCUACGGACGAGGCGCUGCUCCACCCAGAUCCAUAUAGCUCGCGGGACGAUUGGUGCGCAAAACUGUGCGAGAAGUGGGAACUAAAAUUUGUCGACUAUGCCUCGAGAUACCCAAACUUGAAGUUCGUGAUUGUUAAUCACUGGCCAUUGCGAGAAGAUUUAAUCUACAUUCCAAAGGUCCCCCGGUUUUCUCUGUGGUGUGGUACCAAAAGGACUCAGGAUUGGACAAAGGGCGGGCGAUUUGGAGCAAAUUAUGGAGGGGCGCAAGUAGUUGUCUCAGGGCAUUUGCAUGUGCGACGGACAGAUGUCAAAGAAGGGGUGAGAUACGAGGAGGUCAGUCUGGGGUACCCUCGGCAAUGGGAAAAGGCACGGGACGUAAGCAAAGGAGCCAAUGAACUGUUGAGAGAGAUCCUGCCGGGGACUGAAUUAGUCGAAGAGGGCCUGCGGAUAUGGAGGCCGCAAGGGUAG